CCAUUCCAAUAAUCCUACUUGAAAUGGUCUGGUGUACAUUCACUGCUGAAAAUAUAUUCUUGGCAACCCGGAAACUGGGGCGCCUACUAGAAUUACAUUUGAUCUAGUGAAUAUCAUUCUUGGAUGCCCAGACUUUUGGACUCGGAGCUCCUUGCCUAAUAGAAUCCACCACUGACUUCACGUUGAAGCUUGGUUCUCUGCAGUAAGCAAUCAUAGGAAUAUCAAGGAGAAAUAUAAGGAUACUUGUGUUCCCUUCUUUCUCAGUCUUUUCCUCCUCAGUCAAGCACUCGCAAACAAUUUUCACCAUAUACUUCAUUUGAAAAGGUACUACCCCUUUACAAUUUGUUGCAAUGGCUGCAGUGCAUACCACCGUAGGAGGAAACUCUGCCUUCCACAACUUCAACAAUGACUUCGCUCAUAUCACAGACGCCAAUGAGAGGCGACGUCUUGCUCUUGCUGAGAUUGAUAGAGCUCCAUUUGGAUGGUAUCACGUCCGUGCCUGUGUUGUCGCAGGUAUUGGUUUCUUCACUGAUUCCUACGACGUAAGUAUCUAUUCAAUCACAAUAUCACCGAGACGCAUCGCUAAUUAUGGCUUAGAUCUUUGCCAUUAACUUGGUCACUUCCAUGUUGGGUAUAGCAUUUUUUCAGAACAGUGUUUCAAAAGGCACAAUUCCAACAACCAGUGAUACUGCUAUUAAGGUUGCCACUUCUGGUGGAACUGUUAUUGGUCAACUCGGUUUCGGAUGGCUUGCAGAUGUUGUAGGUCGUAAGAAGAUGUAUGGUCUUGAGUUGAUGAUUAUCAUCUUUGCUACUCUCGCUCAAGCCCUUUCUUCUCCAUCACACGCUGUUUCCAUUGUUGGUUUAUUCAUCUUCUGGCGUGUCUUGAUGGUAAUUUAUCACUUACUUCCUUGUCUCUGCAUCACAUACUUACAUGAAAUAGGGUAUCGGUAUUGGUGGUGAUUAUCCUUUGUCAAGCGUCAUCACUUCCGAAUUCGCUACCACCAAGUGGAGAGGAGCCAUGAUGAAUGCAGUUUUUGCUAUGCAGGGUAUCGGUCAAUUUGCUGCUGCUAUCAUUGCUUUAAUUGUCACCUCUGGUUUCAAAGAGUCACUCUUGACUGGUUCCAAAGCAUCAACCUGCACUGGUGUUUGCCAACUCGCUGUCGAUAAGAUGUGGCGUGUUAUCAUGUAGGUUACAAUUUCUCUUUCUCAUGUUCUAUCACUAACAAAUAAUAGCGGUUUUGGUGCCGUCCCAGGUUGCAUUGCUCUCUACUAUCGUUUAACCAUUCCUGAAACCCCUCGAUAUACCUUCGAUGUUGCCCGUGAUGUUGAACAAGCUAGCGAGGACGUUCAAGCUUACAAGCAAGGAAAGAGUCACGGUGAACCAGAUGAAAUCACUCGCGUUACCACCAUCAAUCAAAGCUCACAAGAGCUCGAAAUCCCAAAGGCUAGUUGGGCAGACUUUAUCGCUCACUACAAGCAAUGGAGAUUCGGCAAGAUCCUUCUCGGUACAGCCGGCUCAUGGUUUUUCCUCGAUGUCGCUUAUUACGGACUAAGUCUUAAUAACUCCGUUAUACUUUCCGCUAUUGGAUGGUCUGGUGGCCACAACAUGUAUGAGGUCUUUUACAAAACCGCCGUUGGUAACCUUAUUCUCGUCUGCGCUGGUGCUAUUCCAGGAUACUGGGUAUCUGUAGCCACAAUCGAUACUCUCGGUCGAAAACCGAUUCAAUUCAUGGGUUUCACCAUCCUUACUAUACUUUUCAUCAUCAUAGGAUUCGCUUACCACAAACUUUCUGGCCAUGGCCUUUUAGCCCUUUACGUGGUCGCUCAAUUCUUCUUCAACUUUGGUCCUAACUCCACCACCUUCAUCGUCCCAGGUGAAUGUUUCCCUACCCGCUACAGAUCUACAUCUCACGGUAUCUCUGCCGCUUCCGGAAAAGUAGGUGCCAUCAUUGCACAAGUUGUUUUCGGACCACUUAGAACAAAAGGUGCUGUUAAAGGUGCUACUGGUGCCGCAGCUAGUCCUUGGUUAAACCAUGUCAUGCAAAUCUUUGCAUUAUUCAUGUUCUUGGGAUUAUUAACCACUUUCCUCAUUCCUGAAACUAAGAGAAAGACUCUUGAAGAGUUGGCAGGUGAAGUUCCAGGAACUCCUAAUUAUGAUCCAGCUUUGACUAGAUAUACUGCUGGUGCAAAUAAGAGUGUUAAUUCGAAUGAGGAGGUUGGACAUGAGGUUGAGGCUGAGAAGAUUGUUUAGAUUUGCGUUGGGAGUUGGGCGGGAUAGCUAUAGGAUAGGAUGAUAUGAUACCUGGUGUUUUUUGAUUGAUGGGUCGGUUUUAGGGGUUGUAGAUAAAGUAAUAAUGAAUAAAAGU